CAUCUCCGUAAUACCACACUCCACGCUCAUUCUCUGCAUCUGUUGCUCCUCCUCGUCUUUUCUCAAGAAGAUACCCUCGCACAUGAUUGUGCUCUACCAUCGCAUACACCAAAUAUAGACGCAUUCCUCCGUGGCAUAGGGUUAUACCUAGCCUUGUCCAUAUAUCUUCCCUGUUGUCCCGUGCCCCCUCAUACGGCCGUGGAAUUGAUACGUCAGAUUUAGUUGUGGAAUUUGGCGCAACGCCUCGCGUACAUGCAAAAUGGGUCAAUCCCGACGUCCUGGUGGUGGUGAAAAGCGCAGUCGCGGUUUUGGCCGCUCCAAGGCCCAGGCCGACAUUGGCGAUGGUCGGCAGGCAAACGGCAAACCACAAGUUAAGAAGGCUGCCUUCGAGAGCACGAAGAAGAAGGAGAUUGGUGUGUCAGAUCUCACUUUGCUGAGCAAAGUGUCGAACGAGGCUAUCAACGAAAACCUCAAGUUGCGAUUUGAAAACAAAGAAAUCUACACUUAUAUCGGACAUGUGCUGGUGUCCGUCAAUCCCUUUCGAGACUUGGGUAUAUAUACCGACCAAGUCCUUGAUUCCUACCGUGGAAAGAACCGACUCGAAGUUCCUCCCCAUGUCUAUGCGAUCGCCGAGUCCGCGUACUAUAACAUGAAGGCAUACAAAGAUAACCAAUGUGUGAUUAUUUCAGGAGAGUCUGGGGCAGGGAAAACAGAGGCAGCCAAAAGACUGAUGCAGUAUAUCGCAAGCGUGUCAGGCGGCUCAGACUCAUCGAUUCAACAAACUAAGAACAUGGUUCUCGCAACGAAUCCUCUGCUCGAGUCCUUCGGAAAUGCAAAAACCCUGCGCAAUAAUAACUCAUCUCGAUUCGGUAAAUAUCUCGAGCUAGAAUUUAACGCCCAAGGAGAACCCAUUGGCGCCAAGAUUACAAACUAUCUAUUGGAGAAGACGAGAGUAGUGGGCCAGAUUACAAAUGAACGAAACUUUCAUAUUUUCUACCAGCUUACCAAGGCUGCGCCUCAAGCCUAUCGAGAUAACUUUGGUAUCCAACAACCUCAGACAUAUGUAUACACGAGUCGCUCGAAAUGCUUCGAUGUCCAGGGUAUUGAUGAUUCGUCCGACUUUGCCGAUACUGUCGAGGCAAUGAGGGUUAUUGGCUUGGCACAAGCUGAACAAGACAAUAUAUUCCGAAUUCUAGCUGCUAUUUUAUGGAUAGGGAAUGUACAAUUUGUUGAGGACGAUCAAACCCAUGCAUCAAUCACCGACCAGUCCGUUGUCGACUUUGUCGCUUACCUCCUUGAAGUCGACUCAGCCCAAGUCAAUAAAGCUCUUACCAUUCGAGUCGUGGAAACUGCACGAGGCGGCCGAAGAGGGUCUGUUUAUGAAGUCCCGCUAAACAAAGUCCAGGCAAAUGCCGUGCGUGAUGCACUGGCAAUGGCUCUGUACUUCAACCUGUUUGACUGGAUUGUUGAGCGACUGAAUAUGUCUUUGACCGCUAAGGGAGCGGUCACGAAUUCGAUUGGUAUUCUUGAUAUCUAUGGAUUUGAGAUAUUUGAAAAGAACUCUUUUGAGCAGCUGUGCAUCAACUACGUGAACGAGAAACUGCAGCAGAUUUUCAUCCAAUUGACACUCAAGGCCGAACAGGAGGAAUAUGCGCGCGAACAGAUUCAAUGGACCCCAAUAAAAUACUUCGACAAUAAGGUGGUAUGCUCCCUGAUCGAGGACAAGCGCCCUCCUGGUGUUUUUGCUGCGUUGAAUGACGCUUGCGCAACGGCCCACGCAGAUUCGUCAGCCGCCGACCAGACUUUUGUUGGACGUCUGAAUUUCCUUGGGCAGAACCCCAACUUUGAGAAUCGACAGGGUCAAUUUAUCAUCAAGCAUUAUGCUGGUGAUGUGAGUUACUCGGUUGAAGGCAUGACAGAUAAGAACAAGGAUCAAUUAUUGAAGGACCUGCUCAAUCUUGUUGGAUCUUCGAGCAACGAUUUCUUGCACGCGCUCUUCCCAAAUCAAGUCAACCAAGACGAUAAGCGACGACCACCUACUGCAGGUGACAAGAUCAAGGCAUCAGCGAAUGACCUCGUGUCUACCUUGAUGAAGUGUCAGCCCUCUUACAUCCGAACAAUCAAACCGAACGAAAACAAAUCUCCCACCGAAUACAACGUGGGCAAUGUGAUGCAUCAAAUCAAGUACCUCGGUCUUCAAGAAAACGUCCGCAUUCGACGAGCAGGAUUCGCCUACCGUCAGACAUUCGACAAGUUUGUUGAGCGCUUCUAUCUUUUGUCUAAGCAAACUUCAUAUGCCGGUGAUUAUACGUGGACGGGUGAUUCAGAGUCUGGCGCUCGCCAAAUCCUGAAGGACACUGGUAUUCCCGCGGAGGAGUACCAAAUGGGCGUGACCAAGGCUUUCAUUAAAACACCAGAAACGCUCUUUGCUUUGGAACACAUGAGAGAUCGUUACUGGCAUAACAUGGCUAUUCGUAUCCAACGGGCAUGGCGUAAUUAUCUGCGAUACCGUAUUGAAUGUGCUAUUAGAAUCCAGCGUUUCUGGCGUCGAGUUACUGGUGGUCUGGAGUUCAUUAAGUUUCGAGACCAAGGCCAUAAGCUGCUUCAACAAAGAAAAGAGCGCCGUCGUAUGAGUUUGCUUGGUUCUCGUCGCUUUAUGGGAGAUUACAUUGGCGUUGGCAAUAAAGGUGGACCUGGUGAGGUUAUUAGCAGCAGCAUUGGACUUAGCGGCGACUCUGUUAUUUUCUCCUCUCGUUGCGAGCUAUUGGUGGCCAAAUUUGGUCGAUCGAGUAAGCCAAUGCCUCGUAUGCUUGUAUUGACAUCACGACAUGUGUAUAUUGUUGUCCAGUCUAUCGUCAACAACCAACUGUCCAUUUCAUCUGAACGAACAAUUCCCGUUGGAGCGAUUAAAUUUAUCGGCACGUCAAACUUGAAAGACGACUGGUUUUCUAUUGUUGUCGGUUCGCAAGAACCAGAUCCUCUCGUCAGCUGCGUUUUCAAGACGGAAUUUUUCACCCAUCUUUCGACUGUGCUUAGAGGACAAUUAACGUUGAAGAUUGGAGAAACAAUUGAAUAUAACAAAAAACCCGGGAAACUUGCUACUGUAAAGGCAGUCAAAGACCCUGCUGUUCCUCGCGAUGACACGUACAAGAGUGGGGCAAUUCACACUGGACCUGGUGAGCGUGCUGAUUCAGUCUCGAAGCCAACUCCAAGACCAAAGCAGGUAGCUGCAAGACCAGUUACGAAAGGCAAGCUUCUACGUCCAGGUGGACCUAACGGCGGACCUUCAAAGCUUAGCGGCAAUCGCCCGAAUGGCACUACACCUCGUCCUACUCCCCGACCUACUCCUCAAACACUCCCUGGAGCAUCUCAACCAGCCGCUGCGCAGCCACGUAUUGUGCCACAGCCUGUCGCAGCUGUUGCGGCUUCGCACAACCGCACAAUAUCACAGACAUCGGUGCGAGCACCACCACCCCCGCCCCCGCCAGCAGCUGCCCCCGCUGCUCCAAAGAAGCCGAGCGCGAAGGUCUUGUAUGAUUUCUCCAGCGAUCGGUCCAACGAACUUACCAUCCAGGCGGGUGAGAUCGUGGAGAUUAUUUCCAAGGAAGGAAACGGAUGGUGGUUGUGCAUGAACGCAUCGAGCUCCGCUCAAGGCUGGACUCCCGAAGCCUACCUCGAAGAAAUCGUUGCCGCAGCUCCCAAGCCAGCGCCUCCUCCUCCCCCUCCAGCUCCAAAAGUCGCAACAAAUGGAAACGCAACGGCAGCUGCAGCAAAGGCCAAACCUGCUCCCCCUGCACCCCCAGCCAAACGACCCAUUGCUGGACGCAAACCCCUCGCACCACCCACUCGCGAUAGCGCCGUCAGCGUCAACUCACAAGACUCGUCCGGUGCCAGCGGACGCGGCACACCCACCAGCAGCUCGAAUGCUAGUCUCGCAGGCAACCUAGCCGAAGCUCUACGACAACGGCAGAGCGCCAUGCGACCGUCGCAGGACGAAGAUGACGAGUGGUGAGCGGCGAAGACGUUGAUUUGUAUUGUUCUUGGCCGAUGUUUAUACUUGGUUACGACUUAUGGUUCUCGGAUGCACAAAAAGGGGA